CACUCUGGUCCGUUCAGUUCCAAGACAACCACAACCAACAACAACAACAUGGCUUUCAAGGUCGCUCUCCUGGCAGCUCUGCUGGCCGUGGUCCACGCCGGUGGCCCAGCCGCCUACUCCACCUACACCAACACCGCCGACUUCGGCGCCGUCGGAGCGACCCUCGAGAGCACCUCCAAGGGCCUGGGCGGCCUCAACACCAUCACCCAGUUCUCCAAGGCCGUGGACAGCCCCACCUCCAGCGUGCGCAUCAGCAACUCCCGCGUCAGCAACGACUUCGGCUCGCUGGGCUACGGCGCCCUGCCCGCCCCCGCCGGUCUGGCCUACGGCGCUGCCGGUGCCUCCUACGGCGCCUCCCUGCACGGUGCCGGUGCCUACGGAGUAGUCCGCGCCGCCCCCGCCAUCGCCGCCGCCCCCGCCCUGGCCUACGGCGCCCGCGCCUACGCCGCCCCCGCCAUCGCCGCCGCCCCCGCCAUCGCCGCUGCCCCCGCCAUCGCCGCCGCCCCCGCCCUGGCCUACGGCGCUCGUGCCUACGCCGCCCCCGCUCUCGCCUACGGCGCCCGCGCCUACGCCGCCCCCGCCCUCGCCUACGGCCGCGGCCUCGCCUACGGCGGUGCCUACCGUGCCGCUGUCGCCGCCCCCGCUCUGGCCUACGGUGGUGCCUACCGCGCCGCCUACGCCGCCCCCGCUCUGGCCUACGGAGCCCGCGCCUACGCCGCCCCCGCCUACGCCGCUGCCCCCGCCGUCCUCGCCGCUGCCCCCGGUCACGUUACCUUCGCCGGCCUGGGCACAGCCUACCACUUCUAAAUUUCCUGUCCUCCAUCCUCUUCUUCACCCUUCCUACCCCUCUUCUGACGUACAACCGUACACCUUUUCGCCGGUGGGCGAAAACUUCGUCACUGGCGAAUAUUCUAUCUAUCAUGCUUUCCUUUUGCGAAAGUGCCGUGAAACAAACUUCUGGACCAUACUGUAAUUUAUACAUCGAAUAAACAAAAACUUUUCUCGCCAUAAUAA